UUGCUGAUGCUGAGAUGAGAUGAGAGAGAAAUCCAUGGCUUAAUUUCUAGUUUUAUCUCCAAAACACAAAGUCAAGCUAAGCUAAGCAAAUACUCUCUCCCAUAUCCUUCAUUCUUCUUCUCGCCAACUCCACACUUCAUUCGAUCCCCGUCUCCAGGUUAUUCUGGUGAGGAUUGAGUAAUCUCCAUGGGAAGAAGGUUCUAUGCAGGUGACGUUUGUAGCUGUUUGCAAUUCAAAACAUGCUCGUGUCUCAUGGUCUUGGUGUCACAGCUUGGACGUUUCUUCAUGUGAAUGAAUUUAACAAAAAAUGGACAGAAAUCUGGGAAAAGGGGCCAUGGAUCAACAGAAAAACUAUGAACAAGUUCGGUACAGCAACAUGGAACCAAGAAAUGAUGGACAUGGGUCUACCAAUCAAAGAUAUUUUCAGGAUCCAUCCAGUAAUAUUAAUACGAACUUGAGGCCACCAGGUUACAAUGUGUCUGUUGGAACUAGACCUGGGCUGAAUUUCUCCAUUCAGACUGGCGAGGAAUUUGAGUUUAUGCGGGAAAGGGUGAAUCCCAGGCAACAUUUUGUUCCAAAUGCUUAUGGUGGUGAUGCUAACAGUGCUCCUGCUUAUAUGAAUCUUAAUGGGAUACUGGGAAUCAGCCACGCAGCUUCUGAAAGUGGAUCUGAUAUCUCUAUGAUUAAUUCUUUGGAGAAAUCUCAUGCCCAGGAUUUUGAGAGGAAAGGAUCUUCUGUAAAUGAAGAGAAGAGUUACCAUGAUUCUGUACGAUCCGUACCACAAACCUCAUCACGUAGUGAUAUUGGUCGUGGAUUUCACGGUUAUGUCUCUUCAGGAGCAUCUCAAAGCUCAUCCACAAAGGUGAAGUUCCUUUGCAGCUUUGGUGGAAAAAUUUUGCCUCGUCCAAGUGAUGGAAGACUUAGAUAUGUUGGAGGUGAAACACGUAUUAUAAGGAUAAGCAAGGAUAUAUCCUGGCAAGAACUAAUGCAGAAAACAUUGACCAUAUACAACCAAACGCAUACAAUAAAAUAUCAGCUUCCUGGUGAGGAUCUUGAUGCAUUGGUUUCUGUUUCUUGUGAUGAAGAUCUGCAGAACAUGAUGGAGGAAUGCCUGCAUGGUGGGGGAUCACAGAAACCUCGUAUAUUCCUGUUUUCUAGUGCCGAUUUGGAGGAUGUACAGCUUGGUCUGGGAAGCAUGGAGGGUGACUCUGAGAUCCAGUAUGUAGUUGCUGUAAAUGGUAUGGAUCUAGGCUCGAGAAAGAACUCAUUUGCUUUAGCAAGCACUUCUGGUAGCAAUUUGGAUGAGCUACUCGGUCUAAAUGUUGAAAGGGAGCAUCCUUCACCUGAAUUAGCUGGUACGAGUACUGUGGCUUCUGCAAUCCAUUUGCCUUCAUCGACUCGUCAAUCUUCUCAGACGAUGCUUCCUAGUUUAACUAGUGCUUAUGAAUCUAAUACACAGGCUUACUGGGGAUUUAAUAUGCGUCCGGGAGAAGCUGCCCUACAUCCUUCAUCAACAUUCCAACCUAUGGGAAGCUUCUCUGGGGUAGAUGGAAAUAUGACGCCGCUGCAGUACAGUUACAGUUCUCACCCUUCCAAUUAUGCAACACCUGGAGACAGCUCAGUCCCAAUGCUUAUCCCUGGGCAUGGAAGUCAACAGGGUGCUUUGUCUGAAGAUAAGCUCUAUGGUGGCUUCCAUCUCCACGAUUCUGAAGUAUCUACGAAUGAGAUGAAACCAAAAGGAGUUAGCUCAGCUCAGAAGAUUAGUGAACCUGAAAAAAUUCGAUCUCUGGACAAGGAAGCUCCUUUAAAAGAGACAGUGAUGAAAAGAGAGAGCUCUUUCCAAAAGGUAACUGAAACUGAUAAAAGUUGGGCCAUGGAAAAUGAACACACCUUUUCUUCACAUCCAGAUGAUAGUUCAACUCCACAUUACAUGCCAAGGGAAGAACCAUCGUUUCCUAAUUCAGCAGCAGAUAUUGGGCCACCUUUAGUGGGUACAAAAAGUAAUAGAAAGCUCCAGGAACAUGUACAAAACUCAUUGUCUCCUGAAAUUGUAAACGAAGUAAAAAAGAAUAAUCAGGAAAGUCAAGUUUACUCAUUGAGCGCACCACAUGUACCUGCAUGUGGUCCUUCUGAGACUGAUUCUGCUGACUUGAACGGCUCCCUUGAGCCACCUAUGGUUCCUCAGCCGAUCUUUAAAUCCGAGCGAAUUCCCAGGGAGCAGGCUGAACUGAACCGUUUAUCAAAAUCUGAUGACUCUUUUGGUUCUCAAUUUUUACUAACUCAGGCACUUUCUGAACACUCGCAACCAAUAUCGAAUUCAGUUAGUAAAUUGCAGGAGGAGAAUGUUGCUAUGCAUACUGAGCAGUCAUCUUUAUCAUCAAAUCCAUCACAAAGAAUCCCUCAAAGUCUUGUUGAAAAUAUUAAUAAGAUGAACUCUAAAGUUUCUGAGGAGGUGCUUGACUCGAAGUUACAGAAGCCUUAUCAGGUCACGGUCAAAGAUCACUCCACAAAUGAUAAGGAAGCAGCAGGGCUGAAUCAUCAAAUGGCAAGUCAAGGACUUGAUAAGACCAAGGAGGGAUCUACUCUAAGUUCACCAGAGCAUGAAAGGAAGGAAAUUGCUUUCACAGGUGCUGCACGAGGAGAGUCUCCUGCUGGUGUUAACACUUCUGAGCAUGGAGAUAUUCUUAUUGACAUUAAUGAUCGUUUUCCUCGUGAUUUUCUGUCAGAUAUUUUCUUAAAAGCUAGAAUAUCUCAAAACCUUUCAGGCAUCAGUCAUCUGCCUGGUGAUGGAGCUGGUGUGAGCUUCAACAUGGAGAAUCAUGAGCCCAAGAGUUGGUCAUACUUUCGAAAGAUAGCUCAGGAUGAAUUUGAAAGAAAAGAUGUGUCCCUUAUGGACCAGGACCAUAUAGGUUUCUCGUCCCUGAUGGCAAACAUGGGAGGAGUUCCAAUAGAUUACAGCCACCCACCUUUGAAGUCUGAUCGAGGUGCUUUGGGUCACAUUGACUCCAAUAUGGAUUUUGUAGAUGAUAUUAAUCAAGAAUCAACCACUAUGACUGUUCUGAGCUCGAUAAAUUUACAUUCAGAUUACAAUGCUUCUCAGUUUAAGGAGAAGGAAAGCGAACAGCUGGAUGCAGUGAACCCAAGAAUCCCAGAAUCAGAUUAUGAGGAUGGGGAGCUGGAUAUUCAGAACACAGCUGUGCCUCUUGUUGAUCUUAGUCUUGAGGAGUUUGACAUUACAACUUUGCAGAUUAUAAAGAAUGAAGAUCUUGAAGAGCUGAGGGAAUUAGGUUCUGGUACUUUUGGGACCGUUUAUCAUGGAAAAUGGAGGGGAACAGAUGUUGCCAUCAAACGAAUAAAAAAAAGCUGCUUUACUGGACGAUCAUCAGAGCAAGAAAGAUUGACAGUUGAGUUCUGGCGUGAAGCUGAGAUUCUUUCCAAGCUUCAUCAUCCAAAUGUGGUGGCAUUUUAUGGUGUAGUUCAGGAUGGGCCAGGGGGAACAAUGGCUACUGUGACAGAGUUCAUGGUGAAUGGCUCUCUUAGGCAUGUUUUACUUAGCAAAGAAAGGCAUCUAGAUCGUCGUAAGAGGCUCAUCAUUGCUAUGGAUGCAGCAUUUGGGAUGGAAUAUCUGCAUUCAAAAAAUAUAGUGCAUUUUGAUUUGAAAUGUGAUAACUUGCUUGUCAACUUGAAGGACCCUUUACGACCUAUCUGCAAGGUAGGAGAUUUUGGUUUGUCAAAAAUAAAAAGAAAUACCUUAGUCACUGGUGGUGUGAGGGGAACCCUUCCAUGGAUGGCGCCAGAGUUACUGAAUGGUAGCAGUAGUAAGGUUUCUGAAAAGGUUGAUGUUUUCUCCUUUGGUAUUGUUCUAUGGGAGAUUCUUACCGGAGAGGAGCCUUAUGCUAAUAUGCAUUAUGGAGCGAUUAUAGGUGGUAUUGUCAAUAACACAUUAAGACCACCUGUGCCAAGCUAUUGUGAUUCUGAAUGGAGAUUACUAAUGGAGCAAUGCUGGGCCCCUGAUCCAAUUGGCCGUCCAUCUUUUACGGAGAUCGCAAGACGCCUACGAGUGAUGUCUGCCGCUUGCCAAAGCAAACCACAGGGUCACCAGCCACAGAGUCAGAUACCCAAAUGAGAAGAACUCUGAAAUUCAACUGUCCAAUUUUAGCUCUUUUAUUAAGUCAUAUUUCCAAGAGAAGUUCGUUUUAUACUUAUAUAAAGGUGUGUAAUUAUACGAAAACAGACAUGAGAGAGAGAAAGAGAGUGAGGCUACAAGUGAAUGGGUGAAGCUAUAGUUCAUAAUUGGGUUGUAAAUCAUCAUUGGAUGGUUGUGUGCAAAUAGUGAGAAAUUUGUUUAUUAUGUAAAGCUGUUAUUUGUGUUAAUAAUAGUAAAUUUGAACUUUGGUUCUGAUU